GUCGUUCGUUGGGUUCGUCCAAGGCAAACUAAAAGCGGCGUCAUCCCGUGCGUCCUCAGGCGGGAGUACCCGCCUCCGAUGAUCGGAUCUGAUACUACGACACUUCGAUUUUCUCAGCGACGACAGGAAUCGACGCCUCUCUCCCCUCCCCCCUCCCUUUCUCCGCGAUAGUGAAUUCCCCCCCGCGCGCGCGACGCCUUGAAGACGCUAUAACACGCCUCCAGCCAUGGCAGAGAACUCGGGCGUCACGGCCGCCGACAUCGAGGCCAAGCUCAAGUCCAGUCUGGAAGCGACGCACGUCGAGAUCGAGGAUUUGUCAGGUGGCUGCGGCCAGAUGUUCAACGCGACGAUCGUCUCUCCGCAGUUCGCGAAGAAGAUGACGCUCGCCAGGCACAGGCUCGUCAACGGGGUGCUGAAGGAGGAGAUUGCAAAGAUUCACGCUUGGACGCCCAAAUGUUUCACGCCGGAAGAGUGGGAGAAGAAGCAGGGCGAACAGGCGGCCUCCAGCGCCUGAUCGGACCUAAAGGCGCGAGACACUCGAGAAUCGGUCCUCUAUGCAUGCCGUCGGGAUUAUUCAAAAGCACCGAGAGAAGUAAUAGAUUCACCACGGAAUCUCGAGGCGCGCUUACAAAGAUGCACAUGAGCCGAAGGUGGCAGAGAACUCAACGAGGUGGCGGAUAUGCUUUAACAAGCGAAUAGCACUCAGAGCCGCGCAAUAUUAUACGCAACAGACUCGAAGUUAUCCAGCACAUAAUGCCAGGAGGAUCUGCUGUAGCAGCACAUCAUGCAAGAAGAGACCGUAUAGUAAGCAGUGAUGUGUCCAACCUGCCUUCCCCAACACCUCCAGUUGCCAUAAACAAAAGCUCUCAUGGAACUCCUUUUUAACUCCUCCGAUAUGGUAUGCAAAUUCCCG